AUGACAAUCUGGUGGCGUGGAGCAAUCGCUCUUUUUGUGCUGAUCUUCGCGGCGGUUCUAGUUACUGGACCCAGACUGGAGGCCGGCAACCACGGCACGUGGGGAACCCUCCUGGCACAGACAGCACCGCAAAUUGAGGUGCCGAGCCAGGACAGUGCUGAGGGGCUUCCUGUCAGGUCGCAACUGCCACGUGCUGCCUUACAGCUGCUGAGGAAGCGAACAACGACAGCACCAAUGGCGACUCACGCCUGGUGCAAGAGUUGCUACGCCAAUCGUUCCAACAAGGCCGCCUUUUGUGCGGUAUGCGGUGGCAAGCUGAGCACCUAUGUGGCUGCAAAGACGAACACCAGCAGCUACACGGCCCCAAGCUCGGUAGUCCCUUGGAAGACCGAGCGGUGGGAGAGCCCACGGAGGCGGAGCUCUCCGAGGCGAAGGUGGCAGCCGGACAAGCCAGCGCAGACGGAAGGACCCAAGGAGCCCGAGAAAGGCAAGGGCAAAGGCAAGCGAACGGAGGUGGUGGCACCGCAUACGAGACAGCUGCCAAAACCCCCGUUGGCGAGGGAGCCACCGGCGCCACGAGAGCCAGGCCCGGCGCCGACACAACAGGAGGGCACCGAAGACAGUCGUCUUCUCGAGGCGCUCAUGCCGCACAUCAAGGCAGAGGACUUGCCGGAGCAACUGCGAGGUCUGAUCAAGCAGAAGGAGCAGAGCAAUGUCAAGUCGGACGCGAAGCACCUCCAUCGGUUGGUGGCGAGGCGAAGCGAGGCCAAAAGGAAUCUGGCGGCACUCCGGGACGAGAGAGCCAACUACGAGCAAUCCUGGAGCAAGUACGCGGGCGACCUCAUGAAGAUCCUGCAGGAACAAUGGGAUCAACGCGACUCCACUCUGCAAAACCUGGACAGCAAGGAGCAGGAGUGGAUGACGCAGCUUGCAGAAGCCACAAAGGAGCUGAAGGCGGCUGCCAAAGACAAGACGGAAGUCCACGCGUCAGACAGCGAGCCGAUGUCCGACACGGAGGUGGAUCGCACAGCAGAGACGGACGCGAAGGUGGUAGCAAAGCGGGCGGAGCUCACGACCUCCCACCAGAAGCUACAGGAAGCGCUGGCAGGGGUCAAAGCUGCAGCAGAAGCAGGUGCGGAAAGGGAGAGGACCCCGCGUCGAGGCACGAAGAGAGACGUAGUCACCGUGGAGGACGAAGACAAAGAGUCCAAAGCGGCCACUGCAAACAAAGCGCUCAAAGAGGAUGGAAAGCAGCCUUUUUGA